AUGUUGUGUUUAGAUAAUAAUGUUACACUUUGGAAAAAAGAAGAACAAAAAUGGCUAAAAGAUAUUUUUAGAAAUAUGUAUAAAGACUAUUCAAUGUUGGAACUUCAACAACAAUGUAUACGAGUUGAACAAUGUACAGUCACUUUAAUCCAAUCAACUCCAACACAAGAUGAAUCCGACCGACUAAUGAAAAUCGCAAUCAAUUCUGAAGGCAAAAUCAAUGGAAUGGUUGGAUGGUAUGAUAUUGCCGAUUCCAACGAAGAAGCACUCCUCGCACUACAAGAGCGCUACAAAAAGUCAAUCAUUAGCGUGGAACAUCGACCACUGCUCAUUGGUUUGUGUCCAAUGAUCGACGAUCUCCAAGAGGAAUGGCUAAUCUCGAGAGAGGUGCGUCCACUCAUUAAAUACAUGAUCGAGAGAAACCUGAUAUUCGAAGCACGCGUCAAACCUCAACAUCUCGAGCACAUCUAUAAAUUCCUGAAAGCCUAUCCAAAGUUGCGAGCUAUCCUCGAUUUCAUUGGUCGUCCCAACACCGAAGACCGUUUGAAACAAUGGAAGUCCGAUAUCAAAGCUAUUGCCAGUGUCUCCAAGAAUGUAGUAUGCAAACUCUCUGGUAUCUACAGCGAGACACUCAAACAAUCGAAUCGAAAUGCAAAGUUUGGUGAGAUCUUUUAUAAGGUUUCACCGUUGAUCCGACACCUUGUAAAAACCUUUGGUGCCAAGAGAACUAUGUGGGCAUCCGAUUGGCCAUCGGCAUCACUAACCCAGCAGGAAUGGAAUGAUUUCCUGAAAGAUUGUUUCAAGGGACUGAAAACUUCACAGAUAUUCGAUAUCUUCUUUGUCAACUCAUCAUUAUUUUAUGGUGAAAAAUAUAAUAGCUAA